CGUCAGACAUAAACGCCCACUUCAGCUAUGUGUAGCAGUCUCAUUACUUCUCUGCAUCAAAGAAGUCAUGGCUUCUCCUCCUGUCGUGAUCUGGGAGCAUGAAGUGGCUCGGCUGCUGCAGUACACAGACCUGAUACCCCGUCUGGAGGAGGCUUUGGGAAAGUUCUCCAGACGGGACAGCGCGGAGGUGAUCCAGCCCGUGAGAACCACGGUACCUCUGCAGAAACACAGCGGCUUUCUGGGUCUGAUGCCUGCUUACAUGGAGAAUGACGGAGUCCUGUGCACAAAGUUAGUGUGUUUCUACAAAAGGGGGGACAAGUCAAAUCUGCCAUCUGCGAAGGCUACAGUGGUGCUGCUGGACCCGGAGUAUGGGAAUGUGAAGGCUGUCAUGGACGGAGACGUCAUCACAGGCAUGAGGACAGCCGCAGCCUCGGCCAUAUCUGCUAAGCUGCUGAUGCGUCCUGAAGCGGAGGUGCUUGCCAUAUUGGGGACCGGCCAUCAGGCGCUGAGUCAUUACAACGCCUUCACUGAAAUAUUUUCGUUUAAAGAGGUGCGUGUGUGGAGCCAUUCAAGAGAGAGAGCAGAGCAGUUCUGCAAAUCUGUCAGUGGUCCCGCAGCUCCCUGUGUCUCAGUGGAGGAAGCAGUGAGGGGAGCAGACGCUAUAGUGACUGUUACAAAAUGCACAGAGCCAGUGCUGUUUGGUCAGUGGGUCAAACCGGGUGCUCAUAUAGCAGCUGUAGGAGCUUGUAGGCCAGACUGGCGAGAGCUGGAUGACGUGCUGAUGAAGGAGGCGGUGGUGUACGCUGACAGCAGGGAGGGAGCCAUGGCCGAGUCUGGUGACGUUAUCCUCUCUGGGGUUGAGGUGUUUGCAGAGAUUGGGGAUGUUAUUAAUGGGACAAAACCUGCAUACAGAGAAAAGACAACAGUGUUCAAAUCCCUUGGAAUGGGAAUUGAAGAUGCCGUGUCUGCUAAGCUGGUGUAUGACCAGUGGGCAGCCAAAGCCAGCAAACUAUGAAGCGUUCAUGUAUUUCAGCUGAUGUACAGUCUGAUAAAAGCAAAGGUUUAAAGAUGGAGUCUAAUCUUUUAAAAAAGGCAGGAAAUAUUUAAAUGAUUCGUGCUUCAGUUUAUUGUGGAAAGAGAAAUGCUGCAGUUUUAUGACAAAAUACUCCUGAUCAAAAUAUAUGCACCAACAACAGUUAACUGUUAGUUGUCUAGAAACACACUCAGAUCAAUGGGAAAUUAAUCACCAUAAUUGUAUGUUUUAGACAAUUUUCAAUAAGCCUAUGGUACAAUCUUCAGCCUUGCUACUAGCUAGUGGUGCAUUUAGCUGUAUGCUUGCUCCAGCUACAUGCACCACAACAUCAGCUGAUGUGCUGACGUUCAUUAGAUACUUCUCAAUGCCUAAGUUUUUCUGUUGCCAUAGAACAUGAAGAUGUUUAUCUCAGUAAUAAUGCUUGUAUCUAUUUGGUUACCUGUACACAAGCUGACCUACUGGUGCUAAUCACAGUCAUCUCUACUUAAGUACCUACACUAUAUGGAUAAAGGUGUUUGUCCACACCUGUUAAAUAGUAAAUUCAAUGCCAUUUAUUAUUAGAAAGUGGAAGCAUCUAGGAACAACAGCCACUCAGAAAUGAAGAAGACCAUGUAAAAUCACAGCGCAGGGUCAGUGACCGCCAAGGCGCUUGGUGCACAAAGUGCAAAAGGUGUCCUUGCUUUGUGCACCAAAAUUUUUAGUGCACAAAGAAAGGACUGUAAAGACAUGGUUUGAUGAGUUUGGUGUGAAAGAACAUGACUGGCCCAUACAGAGCCCUGUCAUCAACCCUGUUGACCACCUUUGGGAUGAACUGGAUCAGAGAUUGUGAGCCAGGCCUUCUUAUCCAACAUCAGUGCCUGACCUAUUGCUCUACAGAAUGAAUGGGCACAGAUUACCACAGAAACACUCCAACAUCCUGUGGAAAGCCUUCCUGAAAGAGUGGAAAUACCCUUCAUUUGCCAGUUUUGCCUUCUCAAAUGUUGCUGUUUUUUCAUUUAAAGCCCAUUUUAGAAGUUUUUAACUGGUUAGUAAACAUAAUGAAAUUAAGAGUUUCAUUUGAAUAAGUUACUGAAGUACAAAAGCAAACAAUGUGAAAAGAAACAAUAUUGCCCAGGAGUUAGAUGCCUCCACAAGGUAUAACAUAGCUGGACAGAAGAAGAGGGGCUAGGUCUGUUAUUUCAACAUGACUUUUUACAUGGGCUGAACAAUACUGGAAAGAACUGGCUUUGUGAUAUGUUCUCUUUCUGAUAUAAUGCAGUUGUUAAUGCUAUUGUUUUUCGAUAAAUAAAUGCAGUGCAUUUGUACGCAAAUUAAAUACAUUUUAAAAUAAAUAUUUUUCCCUAACUUUAUCAUGUCAUAUUCUUCAUCAGCGACAGACUCAAAAAGAGAGGAGGGACAGUGGAAAUAACAGAUGCCCCUUUUCUCUCUCCAUGAAGCAACUCAUUUCACCGUGAACUUUACAAAUGACGUUGUUGCUGCGUGUUACUCUGUUAAUAAAAUGUC